AUGGCCGCCGUCGUACCACCUACCUUGUCCGUUGGUUACUCCGCAUCUCCCAUCACCACCCGCCACCCUGCCGUCACCGGCUUGCUCACUUUCGCCUCUCCUCCUUUUCCCCGCCAAACGGUCACUUCAUCCCACCUCCCCAACGUCGCCAGCGACAUCGUCGCCGGCAUCAUCGUUUGGGCCAUGGAAGCUGCCUCUGCCCGUGCCGCAGCCAGCGACCGCUGGGGCGACUUUGGACGUGCUCCCUCGCAGCUGCAGCGCUUCAUUGCCGGCGCCUGCAGCCCGGAAAACUACGAGCCCAACCUCGCGCUCAACCUCGAGAUUUGCGACCUCAUCAACAGCAAAAAGGGUAGCACUCCUCGUGAAGCUGCGAUGGCCGUCGUCGGCUAUAUCAACCACCGGAAUCCAAACGUCGCUCUCCUCGCCUUGAGCCUGCUCGACUACUGCGUCAAGAAUUGCGGCUACCCCUUCCACCUUCAGAUCAGCACAAAGGAGUUCCUCAAUGAGCUGGUCCGCAGGUUCCCUGAGCGGCCCCCCAUUCGGCCAACUCGGGUUCAGGCCAAGAUUCUCGAGGCCAUAGAGGAGUGGCGCGUGACCAUUUGCGACACGAGCCGCUAUCGGGAGGAUCUGGGCUUCAUCAGAGACAUGCAUCGUCUGCUGAGCUACAAGGGCUACAUGUUUCCCGAAGUCCGGCGGGAGGACGCUGCCGUUCUGAACCCCAGCGAUAAUCUGAAAUCGGCCGAGGAGAUGGAGGAGGAGGAAAAAGAGGCACACUCGGCCAAGUUGCAGGAGCUCAUCCGUCGCGGGACCCCCGAGGACCUUCGCGAAGCCAACCGGCUGAUGAAGAUCAUGGCCGGCUACGACACCCGAUCCAAGACCGACUAUCGUGCCAAGGCUGCCGAGGAGGUCGGCAAGAUUCAAGCCAAGGCGAGACUGCUGGAGGAGCGUCUCGAGGCUUUCAAGCCGGGCGACGAGAUGGUCGAGGGCGACGUGUUCAGCGAGCUGGCCUCCGCUCUUCAGAACGCCCAGCCGAAGAUACAGAAGAUGUGCGAGGAGGAGUCGGACGACCACGAGGCCGUGGCCAAGCUGUUCGAAAUCAACGACAGCAUACACCGCACCGUCGAGCGAUACAAGCUGAUGAAAAAGGGCGACUUGGACGGCGCUGCCAAGGUCGCGGCCGGCGGGCCAACCCCGUCGCAGACGGCUUCCCUCGGCAAGGCAGCAGCCAAUGAGCUGUCUCUGAUAGACUUCGAUGCCGAUUCCAUGGCCGGCAACGGCACCGCCGAUGGCGUCUCUCAUGCCGACGGCGUCGAGAACGACCUCCUGGGGCUCGACAUUGGCGGCUCCUACGGCCAGGGCGGCACCAUCAGUCUUGGUUUCGGUGCGAACCAAAAUGUCCCCGGUCCAGCCCUGCUCUCCUCCAUGACGGAAGACAGCAGCGCAGGUGGUGCCAUUUCCACACAGACCCAACCCUUCUCGCAGUUCGCCUCCUUUACGUCACCGGCAGGGUCAAAACCGACGACUCCGCUGCCUUCGAGCCACCAGCAACCUCCGCCGCCGCCGAGGGCUGAAGAUGACGAAUGGAAUUUCACCUCGUCUUUGCCGACCGAAGCGGCGCCGGCCUUGCCGAUGGAACACAAGAGCAACAUUAGCGACGCAAAUCUACAGGCAGAUUUUCUUGCCAAGCGCAUUGCCAACGGCAAUUCGAUCAACAUUCUCUUUGCCUUUACCAACAAGACGGCGCAGCCGAUAUCUGAGCUGCACUUUCAGCUUGCCGUGACCAAGGGCUACGAACUUCAACUCAAGCCCCAGUCCGGCCGCGACCUCGCUCCCAAGCAGAGCCGUGGCAUCACUCAAGCGCUCGAGGUGUGGCGUUCGGGUAACCGGUCAGAGAAGGUGGAAUCCGUGAAGCUGCGGUGGCGUGUCGCCUACAAGCUUGGAGCGGAGCAGAGGAGCGAGAUGGGUGAAGUCCCCGAGUUUAGGCUGGCAUGA